CACAAACAUUUGAAACUUGAAAUCCCGCGUGGUCGCAUCGCAGCAACCUCCGGACGGAAGUACCGUGUGUACGCACCACACACAUAGCAAGCAGGUGCGCGUGUGUGCGUUUUCGAAAUUGCGUAGAGCAAAACAACAAAUACACGGCGGGUGCGAUAGAGUGGUGAUACAGUGGAAAAGGCUUUAAAGAAAAACACACACACACAAGAUACAUCCAAGAAAAUCUGACAAAACAGUGUCACGUAAGGUGAAAACGCGCUGCGUCCAGUGGAAGCAGCAGCAGCAACAGCAGUAAGCGACUUGCGACAAGAAAUCAGUGUUGUUGUUGGGGGGGUGAGCAGCGAAAAAGCAGCAGUGUGUAUCCCCAAAUUUCCUCAAAAAAAAGGUGGAAUUCCAGUAUCCUGGAAAAAAUAGUGUUGUGGAAAUUAGGAAAAAAGGUGGAAAAGAAGCAAAAAAAAAAACGAAACACACAAUGAGUUGUGCAAGUGAGAGGCGUGCGUGAGCGGAAUUGUUUGCUGUGGCGGUACACAGGUGCCCCAAGAAAUGCCUAGAAUUGUCGAGAAUAGUAUGUCACGGUCGGAAAAUUCGUGCCAUUCGUGUUGAGGGGUGUGUGGUAAAAGUGUGAAACCUGUGUUUUUUUUUUCUGUCGUCGUUCAAAUCCAAGCGGUAUUUCGAAGCCAAAUGCAUUUGAGUGCGGUGCGGUGCCAGUGAAGUGUGAAUGAUGGUAAAAUUAAGCGUGAAAAUUGAAUUGCGAUGCUCUCGCUGAUUCUGCAAACAAGCAUUACGGUCCGUGUGUGCGUGCGCUUCGUCGUGUGGCGGCAAGCCUGUGGUGGUGUGUGUGAGCAACGGCUAGAUCCGCAUCGCAGUGUGUGUAGGCGCGCCAAAGUGUGUCCCAUAUCGGUGCGCUCGUAGUGUGGGAGAAAACAGUGCGCUCGCUGUGUUUGCGUGUGUGAGUGUGUGUGAGUGUACGUCGUGUUUUGGUCUCGUCUUCUAUUGGUUUUGGGUUCGGUUUAUUUUGAAUUCCCUAUGCGGAAGGUGUAUUGUUGGUUCGAGGGAAACACGGGAAAUGGUCACCGGUCGCGGAUAUGAGUGCCGAGGUUAGUGCACCCCAAUGGCGAUCGCUCGGAUUCAACGGUUCAACAUCCGACGGUUGCGGACCGCCACCCCAAUCACAUGCUGCGGCCGCCGUAUCGACAUCGGCUGCCCUGAGCAAUGGCGGUGGUACGGUUACCGCUACGGUGGCAGCGACAACGCUUCUUCCUGAUCUCAUACCGAUUGGUGGAUCCCCUCCAGCUGCCGCCAAGCCCGAACCCACGAACGGGUCGCCCGGCGAGAAACACAUCAAUCACAACAACAACAUAAUCAACGUGGCCAGCAGUGGCCCACUGGUGCCGGUGGGCCCACCCGAAAAGGAUGACGGAUGUGCGGACGAGUUCGGGUGCGAUCUAGCGCUGGGCACACCGCUGGAUGGUAUCGCACAGGAUGAGCGGGGUGACGGGGAGAUGGGUGAGUCGGGUGGGGGAGGAGGUGCGGAGAUCGAAAUUGGGACGGUUACCGAAUCGAACACGGAUCGUGAUUCCGGAUUUGAAACGCCAUCGCUAGACACGACCACGAUUGGUUGGGAGAAACCGGAAGUGGAUGGUUGCGUGACAUCCGAGAAACAUCGCACCGAAGCCGAACGCGACCGACAGGGACAGCACUAUGUUGCACACGUUGUUGCAGGGGAGUGCAGUGAAUCGAAGGACACGAAGCUGAUACUGAGACGACGGAACGUCACGUCGACGUCACCCGGUGGUGGUGGUGGUGGCAGCAGCAGCAGCGGAAGUGAGCAGCCACCAAAAGCAACGGAGGCGACAAGUUCCGGCGAAACGAUGACGUCAAACCACCCGGCAUCCAUCGUUAAGAAGGAGGCCAGUGAGCAGCAGUCAACGGAACCGGUGGCCAAACCCUCGACAAUGGUCAUGGUGAAGCAGGAGUUGAUGGAACCGGGAGCAGUUCCACCACCACGUCCCGUCGGUCAUCCGCCGAAACGAUCGGGAUACAAGGAUGAUCCGCUUCCCCUGCCGCUGGAACCGAAAGAGCACCGAAAGUCGAACCGGCGGAGACAGUUUACCGAUCGGAUCAUUGACACGCUCUGCCUGCCGGAAAUCUUCUUCAACGCACGUGUACGUCCGAAGCCCAAGCCGAAGCUGUCGGGUAAAGCGAGUAAGAUGCCGGGCACGACGAGUGGUGCCGGCGCUGGAGUGAAGAAACGUGCCAUCCCUGCCCUAACGGUUAAACGACCACCAAAGUCAUCAUCGCAGCAGCUAGCAGCGGAAGGCCAGCUGCGGUCCUCGUCCGCCAUGUUAAACGGAGGGCUGGAGAUGUGCUCCUCGGGCAGGUCCUCAUCGGCGGCAUCACAGAGCGGGGGCGGUGGUAUUACGCUGGAACGAUCACCGAGCGUUCCUUGCACGACCUCCAACUCCAACACCACCUCCACGUCCACCACAGUUCCUAGGGUAAAUCCUAUCUUUCUGUUCGUGAAGCAGGAAGAUACACGCAUCGUGGAGGUCAGGUGCGAAGACUACGAUAAGCGCAACCGUAUACGAUUGACCCGUACCGGGCCGGGUAGCUGGCGGGCGAUACCACGCACCGAUACCAGCUCCUCCGUAAUGUUUUCCCUGCUGCCGCCCCGGUCCGAGAGUGGCUGCGAGGAGGAAACGGCCAGCGAUAGUUGCUGCGGUGGGCGUACGUCCGCCGUAUCGGCGGCAUCGGCACCCCUGUCACCAAAGUACAAACUUUCCACGAAAUCCACAGCGCACAGACAGCACCAUCAUAAGCAUAAAAAGAGCAAGAAGAAAAAGAAGCGCCACGCCUCGGAAGGAACUUCCGAGGGGGUAAGGGAAGAGGAGACGGAGGAGGAAAUGGGUGGGGGCAGUCGGAGCAGUACUAGUUGCAGCACCAUCAGCAGGCUGGUGGCGACCGGACAGCGGAAGGUUACGUUUAGCGUUGGAGUUAAGCAGGAGAAGAGCGAAACGGCGGCCGCCGCCGCCACAGGGGCCACCGAUGAUGGAACGCCGGAGGUGUACCAUGACCACGAAAGGAUACGGGCGGCAGAGCAGGAGGCAGCAGCGGCAGCGGCAGCGGAGGAACGCGAACGCGAAGAAACGAUAGCGGAACUGAUCCGGAACUAUCACGAGCAGCAGCGAAGACAGCUGCAGGAGCUGCAGGAGAAGCUGCAGGCUAGCAGGAGAAGUGAGCUGGCAGGAGCAGGUGGUGGUGGUGGUGGUGGCAGUGCAAGCGGCGGACACCAUAAUAUCAAUAGUUUUAGCGAAACCAGUUCGUCGAACAACAUCAACAACAUUAUUAGCAACGGUAAUCAUUCUAGCGUUAAUGGCAGCUCCAGCGGUGGAGAGUUGGAGGUGAAGGCGGAAGAGGACGGUGGAACCGGCUUCUACCCGAGGCUGUUGCUGGGGAGCAAUAGUAGCAAUAAUACUAAUAGCACUAGCAGUAACAACAAUAGCGGUAAUGGUAGUGGUAAUAUCAACAACACUAUUCGUAGUGGUAGUAGUAACAGCAAUGGCGGAGAAGGACGAACGCUCGAGAACACAAGCAAUAGCCAUAAACGGCAGCCCGAGUUAUCCCACAAGUUGGAGCUACUGGAGCUGGACGACGAUGAUGAGGGUGAUGAUGGCGCUGGCGGAGGAGUUGGGGACGGCAAGGUAACCAUGCUCGAUGACUACGAAGUGCACGACGAUGAUGUGCAUGGUUCCACGCUGGCAGCACUAGCACGGACAGCCGAUCGGGAGUGGCCGAUUGCGCUGGCGAAGAAAUCGUCGGAGAUGAAAGCUCGCCGAGCGAGCCUCGAGUCACAGAUACCAACAAACGUCAUCCCGGUGCAACAGCAGCAUCGGUGCAGCGAGAUUGGAGCGCAUGCGUCACACGGAGGUCCGCUCGGCAGUUUGGUCCUGAGCGUGGACGAUGAGGAUGAGGACGACGAUGGGACCGCGGCCAGAGGGCUGCUUGCACUGGAUGAACUUGGGCUUAAUCAUCAUCAUCAUCAGCAGCAGCAGCAGCACCAACACCACAACAUUGUAGACGACGGAGCCGACGACGACGACGACGACGACGACGAUGUGCAACUGCUCGGCGUGGAAGGUGGUCGGUCGGACUUCGGCGUAGACCAACAUCACCACCACCACGGUAUGCACCUGCACCAUGCACUACAACACUUCGACUCGGCAGUAAGACCUUCGCAGGGAGACGAGAUCGAGCUGGUGGCUGCCGACAGUCACGCUGGUAGUAUUAGUGCCGGAAAGGAAGCUGGGGAACGACGACGACGACGACCGCACGAGCACGACGACGAUGGCACCAGUAGUAGCAUCAACAACAACAACCACCACCACCACCACCACCAACACCACCAUCCGGACGAUGCCGAUGGUGGUAGUGCACUGGCGGCGGCGAUAGCGGCAGCGGUGGCGGCAGCAGCAGCCGCUGCAGCUGCAGCCGAUGCACCACUAGCAGCGACGAGCACUGGCAGCUCCACCACCACCGUCGUGGAGAUAGACGACGACGAAGUGUGCGUUCUCGAGCAGGAGAAACGGCCAACACCAACACCAGCAGCGCAAGGACCGCUCGAGCAGCAUCAGGACCGUGCGAAAAGAGCACGACUGACUAACGACGAUGGUACCACGACUUCCACGGCUGCGACGACGACGACGACGACGACGACGAUGAACGCCAUCAUCGGCCCGGAUUGUGUAGGGACGGCGUUCGCAAGAACAACCACUACGACGACAUCCGCGUCGUCGUCCUGCACCACCGCCUCCUCCACCUCUGGCGCGAUGGCGGCGGGGGCGGGAUGUGACGCGGGCAAGACGAAAUCGACUUGCAUCGAGAACAACGCGGAAGUGCAUCAUCCACCGCACAUCACCAUCAGUAGUGAUAGUGAGCUCGACGAUGACGAUCCGAAGCACGCGCUGCGACAGCAGAACUCGGAUCUUCAGGAGCAACAGCAGCAGCAGCAGCAGCAGCACCAACAAGAACACCACCAUUUGCACCAUCAUCAUCAUCACCUGCAUCAUCACCAUCAUCAUCUGAGCGCGGAGUUUGGUGAACUGAUCGAAGGCAUCGGCGAGCUGCAGGCGGCAGGCGGGGCAGGUAGCGGUGGUGGAGCAGGAGUGGCAGCAGCGGGAGGCACGGCACCCACCGGGUCAGAGGCGGACGACCUGCUGAAUGCGGCUGCAGCAGCGGCGGCAGCAAGCUGCGGCGACACCACGAUGACCGGGGCCGCCGAACUGCUCGACUCGCUGGUGGAGCAACAGCGCCGCGCCGACAGCGGCGGCAUGGGAGUAACGACCACCGCCGCCCUAUCCGUGGGCAAAAACUCCAACCCGAUCUACACGAUCGCGGACGAUUACAACGACGACGAUGAUGAUGAUGUGCUGCUGGAGCCGGAACCGGUCGCGGAUAUCAUCUCCCGGUUAGGUGAAUCGCUCAGCACCUCGCCCAAGUGUUUGUCGUUUAAUGAGGCCGGUGAAAUCGAAGGCCUUACGGGCGAUCUGUUCGGAAGUGGGGGCGGUAGUGGGGGUGGCAGUGGCGGUGGAAUCGAUGGUGGUGUUGUUGGUGAUGAUGAUGAUCUGUUGCCGAAUCCGUUCGCACCGCAGCCAACGGCAUCUUCCGGGACCUCACAGCAGCAGCAGCAGCAGCAGCAGCAGAAACAGUUGCAACAGCAGUCCGGCUCGGUGGAGCUUGUGUCGAUGACGAGCAGCAGCAGCAGUAGUAGUAGUGGCACGAGUGGCGGGAACGAUGGUGCAACCACAACAACAACAACGACCACCUCAUCGGCAGCGUCCUCCUCCACAACCACGCUGGAGGACGAGCUGUCCAUAACGAUAAAGGAUCUAACGGAGGCGAGUGAGCACGCGAGUUCCUAUUUCGCAUCCGCGGCCAACCGGGUGGUGGAGACCACGGCCGUUGGUAAGGAAGCGGUUGAAGGUGAUAGGACAGCAAGUGGCAAUAGUGAAUCGUCCUCUUCUGUGAGUACCUCCGCGAAGGAACUGCCGGCGGAGGCACCGAUUGUGAUAUCACCUGACUCGUGCCAGGAGGAACUACCCAAGGAUCUCAGUUGUCGUAAGCGUAGUCUGUCACCUUCCCCGCGGCCCGUCUCUCACAGUUCCGAUGCGAUACAAUCUCCCCAGCCGAGUGGACUGCCGGCGGUACCACCAUCGCCGGACCUCUUCCUGCAACCUAAAUCCAUCUCAGCAUCCAGCUCGAGCAGCAGUUCCACGACUUCCAGCGUAAUAGAGGCGCUAAUGUCUCAGGCAGCGGCAGCUGUAGUAGGUGCAUCGAAGAAUGGUCGACCUUCUUCGGGGAGUGGAGCGGUUGGAGGAGGAAGUUCGAAUACAACCACCAGCACGGCCACUAGCACCAGCAGUAGUGCGGUAGCCACGACUACCACCACCAAGUCGGGCAACACACUGCAGCAGAAGGAACCACUCGAUCUUGGAAAGUGUCGAAAAUCGGCCAGCCCUACGGUGAGUUGUUCCGAGGAAGCGAAACGGCUAUCAUCAUCCUCCUCAACUGCGUCCUCUUUGUGCAGUAGUGGCGGCAAUCUUAAUGCUCACGAUGACACUAGUGAGCCGAAAGCGAAACGCAUCAAAACAGACCCCGAACAGCAGCAGCAACAGCAGCGGCCAACCAGUGGUACAGGUAAAGCGCUUUCUUCUGACACUCGAAAUAUGACGUCGACGAGUAUGGCGUCUGCAACGACAUCCAGCACAAGCGGUCCCAGCGUUGCUUCGCUCAUAAAUGCAAUGGCUGCAGGCGGCAGUGCGUCAUCGGUAACUCCUUCGUCCACGCAGACUGCGGCGGCUGCUGCGGCAGCGGCCGCCGCUGCUUACACCAACCUGAACGACUCAGCCCGCCUGGUGGAGAUGCUUACGUCGGGCAACGAUCCGGAUCCGCUUACCCAGCUCCGGCUGCUCGUCGGCAAUCCGGCGUGGAAGGUUCCCGACCCGCUACUAGUGCCAAAGGAUCGGUUAAACGCGGUGCUGGCAUCGCCGGCACGUGAAAUCCCGCUACUUCUAACGACCCGUCCCGAGCUACGGCUACCGGAAGCGUUCGCUUUCCCCAGCAUUCUGCAAGAUCCGGACAUUCUGGUGAUCUCGCUGCAGCAGCUGGAAACGAUCCUGCAAACGCAGGAAGAGCUGGUGAAGUUUAAAUCGAAGUCCACCCUGGAUGCAACGUCAGCGGUGGCCACACCGCCCACCACACCGGUGGCAAUGGCGGCUGCAGCAGCGGCCGCAGCCGCAGUCAGCAAAAAGCCGCACGCACCUGCUGCCACACCGACGCCACCCAGCCCACUGGAGACGCUAAAGCAGACGCUAUCAGCACAGGCGGCUAAACAGAAUCCGAUGAUGAGCUCGCUGCUUGCAUCCGGUCUUGCGGGAGAUAUUGAUGCGGCUACGACGGCUGCGUUCAAUCAGAUGCUGUGGUUGCCGUACCUCGGCCAGAUGGGACAGUUUGCGCCAGAUCUGCUGAAGGCGAUGAUGAAUCUUCCAAACACGGCAUCGGCGGCGACGGUAGCUGCAGCGGCAGCUGCUGUUGGCGGUGCCACUGCCGGUGGCACCAGUCUUGCCGAUAUGUUACCGUUCAUGGGUCCCCGGUUCCAGGACUUCUGUGGGUUGCCACCGGCGAGCGCGACCAGUCCACUCGACUACAAGCGACAGCUAGAGCUAGCAGUGCUGCAGGAAGCGAUGACUACCGCCAAUCUGCAGCAAAGAAAGCAACAGGAAGCGGCACAAAAAAAGGCAGCUGCUGCAGCAGCAGCCGCCGCCGCAGCAGCGGCCCACGUCGACCGUAAACCUGUGAUCGGUCCGAAAACCCUCGAGCAGCAACGUUCCGUAGCUGCCGUUACUGCAGCAGCUAACAUGUUCCAGAACCAGCAGAAGAAGGCGGCCGCAGCCGCAGCAGCCGCUGCAGCAGCCGGUAUGAUCAAUCCACUCUCGAUACCUCAGUUCAUGACACCGCCCACCAUGUCGCACGGUAGCAGUAAUCGGUACGGUGGCGGCACUGCCAGUGCCGGUGGAGGCAGCACUCGAGCAUCCGCCCAGUCCAUGCUGGCACAGCAGCAGCAACAGCACCAGCAGCAGCUACAGCAACAAAAGCAGCAAUCGUUCAGUCCGAGUGGGUUCAAGAAUAUGGCCAACCUGAUGAACCAAGCGGCAGCAGCUGCCGCAGCUUCCGGCGGACGACAGCAACACUCUUCCGGUGCAGGUUCCCAUCGUCAGCAGCUGACCGCUAUGCAGAAAGCGAAACUGCAGCAACAACAGCAACACCACCAGCAACAGCAGCAGCAGCAGCAACAGCUUCAGCACCAAGCGAACAUGGGUGCGGCGGGCAUGUUCGGUUCGGCGGCGGCCAACUCGUUCUUCAACCUUCCCACCAACUUCCAAGAGUUCCACGAGCAGCAACAGCAGCUCGCUCGGAAGCUUCAAAAAGAGCAGCUUCACCAGCAGCAGCAGCAUCAGCAGCAACAUCACCAUCACCACCAACAACAGCAGCAGCAGCAGCAACAGCAGCACUCCCAACUGCAGCAACUGCAACUUCAGCAGCAGCAACACCAACAGCUUCUCCAGCAACAGAUGCAACAGCACCACCAUCAUCAGGAAGAACAAAAGCCGCGCGUCACGUGCAAAUCGUUGAUGAAUCUGCUACAACCGGAAAAGCAACAGCAACUGCACAAACAUUCCGGUUCGGCGGGCGGUGGUGCAAACAGUGGUUCCGGUGGUGCCGCCAGUGCUUCCAGCAAGCUCGCCAACCUAAUGGCCAUCCCAGGGAUGGAUCUGUACACGGCGCAACAGCACGAACAGCUACAGCAACAAAUGUUCCUACAGCAGCAGCAGCAGCAGCAGCAGCAGCAACAGCACAACUUCCUUCAGCAACAACAGCAGCAGCAGCAUCACCUAAUGCAGUCGGGGAAUGUUGGUAGUGGUGGCAGUGGUGGCAUGCAUCAGCAGGCCAAGCUGAAGGUGAAACCCGGGCUGCACCUGCUCGAUCCGGCCGCCGUACAGAGACGGUUGCUGAAUACGGACGAGCUGGCAGAGGUGGGCAGCACCACGAACGGGCUGGACGAUACGACCGAUCUGUCAUCGCCGCUGUGGCAUCCGCUGUUCGGCAGUGCUCAAAAAGGUCUUGCGGCGGGUGUUGGUGUCACGCCAACCGGUACCAACGUUGGCAACCUGUCGGCCCUAACUGGAAGUGGUUCUUCCGGUAGCGGCACCACGGCCUCGGGUGGCAACAGCGGCGCAGGAGGCAGUGGCAGCGCUGGUGGUGGUGUGGGCAGCGGCGGCGGAGGAGGCGGAGGUGCAGGUGCAGGUGGUGGAGGUGCUAGUAGCUAUCACAGUCCAUGGCAAUGGACUACGAUUACUGCGACGGGCGAAUGACAUUAUGGGGCUCGUAAAGAGCCCGCUGUUGCUGGACCACAAUCACAAACGGUUCCACUGAAUCAACAGCACCACAGCAACAACACUUCCAGUACCAAUAGCAACAGCAACAAUAAUAGCAACAACACCAACAACAACAACAACAACAACAACAGCAACAGUAGCAACGUUGGCAGUAAUAACAAUAAUGGCGGUGGUGCCUCGAACGCGAACGCGUCCAGCCUCGGACUGGACGCGAUGAGCUCGUUUCAGGGCUCGCCGUUCGGCAACAACCUUGGCAAUCUUCUGCAGCAACAGCAAAACCAGCAACAGCAGCAACAACAGCAGCACCUUUUGCAGCAGCAACAGCAGCAACAGCUGCACAACCAGCAGCAACACCACCUGCAACAGCAGCAGCAAAACCACCACCAGCAGUCGGCCAUGAUGAACAGUGCCGCGCUGAUGCAGCAACAGCAGCAGCAGCAACAGCAACAGCAACAGCAUCUACAUCACCACCAGCAACAGCAGCACCAUCAACUGCAGCAACAGCAGCUGCAGCAGCAGCAGCAACAGCAGCAGCAGCACCAACAUCAGCAGCAGGUGCUCAGCACCGGUGGUGGACAUCACCACAGCCUAACGGCGGCCCAAAGUGCCGCCAUGAUGUCGCAGCGCAACCCGUUCGGAUUUGAUUUCAAUCACUUCCAAAGCAACUACUAAACCGGGUGCCCCGUUCAGCAAACCAGCACGGCGACGCGCUAAAUAGGGAAGCGCACUUAGCGAGAGCCUCACGGAAAGCGGCUCCUGCGGCUACUGCACAUGCAUCCCGUACGUGCCGUUCACAUCUGCGCCCAGAUGUGUCCCAUACAAAGAACAUCCAUCAGCAUCAUCCCCUCUCCCCCAUAGUAAAAUAGCACGCCGGAAUUGGAGUUGAGUUUUGCUGCCGAAUUAUCAGCAAAACCCCUCGAGCAGCGAAAACUACGCCAUCAGAAGAGAGGACACCCUGUAAACAACGCCCCGGGAACCGUUAAUUGAGGAUGGUGCAUUAAUUGCUGUCCAAUUGGCAGUUUUUUGCUGACCAAACUGAUGCUGUUACUACUGAUGUGUUAGCUGUGCGUAUCAAAAUGCGUAAAUAAAAUACCAAAAAAAGAAGGAAAACAAAAGCAACAAGUAUACCGACAAAAAAACAAUCAGAAACAGUCAAAUGUGUGGAGAGCUGAAAAGAGAGAAAAAGGAAGAAAAAAAAUCAAAAUUAGGCAAAAAAAAGUGUGUGUAAGCAACAAAAUGCUGAACGUUUUACACGUUUAUGGCACACUUGAAAGCAUCGACCGAACUCCUCGUGAAAUACAAGAAGAAAAAAAGUCCUAUUUGUGUUAAUAUGUGUGUACAUACGGUGUUGUGUGUGCCUGUGUGUGGUGUAAAUAGCAUCGAAACGGUCGAAUACAACAAGCAAAACAAAAAGGAUGGAAGAGAAGAAAACCUAAACAUUAAACAAUGGAAUGCGACCAGAGUAUACAUGUAUCAGCAGGUGUACACCGACGCGCAUUCAAAUAGCAGCACCAUUACCAGCAAUGUAAAAAAAAUGAUCGAAGAAAAGUAAAAGUGAAAACUACGCUACGUUUUUGAACCGUAGCUCUUCCACAGAUUCGAAAGUAAAACAAACAAAACGUAAUAAACAAAUACGAUACCACAAACAAUAUGUUAGAUGAAAGUUUUAGGUCAAAUUUACAUGUGAAAAAGAAAAACAAAAACAUACAAAAACACUAAAGAAGCUCAUACCCAUUCGGAAUAGCAAGAUAGCGGGAGUAUCCUCUAUCUAAGAGUUAGCAAAAAAAAAGAAACAAACAAACAGGAAAUGGAAGCAAACAACGGAAAUAUUUGAAUUUGUCCAAGACAAACGGCAAAGUAGCGAGAGGAUAGUAGAUUACCAAAAAGACACACACACACGAAUAGUAUGCUGCUCGAACAUGUCUCGAUGUGUUGUUUGUAUCCUAGAAACCGACAGAGCGAGCACUACUUGAUUGCCGACCCAGCCAAACAGAUCAGACAGACAAGAAAGAAAGGCCCCCCUGGAUGAAGUACUUACUGAACGGAAAGUAAGCGAAUCGAGCCCGAUAGACCAAAUAGUAAUGUGUAAAUAAGGGAUGGCGUGUAAGCUCAUCCCCGCAGGCCUUUCUUCUAAGUACAGUGAGCCGAACGUGGAACGCGUGAAGUUAUCUAAGUUAUUCCCUACUUCUCCUUAUCCUAUGUUAUCAGUAUCCACUUUAGCUUCCUUUAAAUGGCUUUCCGUGCUCUGUUAAAAAUUCUGAAAUCGUUACGGUUCCGUUUUUCAACUCAAAAAUACAAUAAUAUAUAUGUAUAGUUUACCAGUAUAAUAAAGGUUGAAGGGGAAAAAACGCCGGAAUCCUAGGCGCGCAUCCUCCUUUUGCCGUGAUCGCGAGCCGCCGUUGGUCGUAUAGAUUUCCAAUUGAUCAUUUCCCGUCGUACGCUUACCGGAAGCUUGUUAUACCAAUUUUUCCUUAGACUGAAAACCCCGGGUGUGGUGUGUGUUGAGCCAUCGAGAGAGAGAGAGAGAGAGAGAGAGAGAGAGAGAGAGAGAGAGUGAGAAAACAAGAGACAGAGAUCGGUAGGGUGGUAUAAUAAUUUAUUCGUAACUGCUACUUCUGCAAGGAAAACGAAGAAGAAGAAAAAACCGCCGGACGUACGCGAUCCGUCGGACGAUCCUCAAAAGGGGAGGAAAAACAAAAAGAUUAAAUCUAAAUCUGUUUCUAGUGAAAUUAGCCGUAGUUAAAGUGAAAUUUUAAACAAACGAAAAGCCUACCCUACCAUCUCUCAAUGCAAAUAGGGUGAAUUUGUCGGACACUAAGGACACAAUACAAAGACAAGCACACACACACACACACAUAGACGCGCACACCAUUCCUUUUCAAAGAAAGAGCGCGAAAGCUGCUCUUUGAACUUUGAAACUUUCUACCAACAAGUGGUGGUUGCUGUGUAAUGCCCCUGCUCUAGGUGCAGGUGUACGUAUGUGUAUGUAUGUGUUGUAGUGUAUGUAUGAAUGUAUGUAUGUGUGUGCGUGUGUGUAGUAAGGACUACCAAAAAAAAGAAAUAUGUGAAAAGAAAAGUCAGCCCAAUACAAAGUUUCACGAACCGGGCGGACUAAAGCCUAGUAGAGGUUGGAUAUAAAGGACACACCACAACCAACUGGGUGUGUGUGUGUGUGCACGUUACGAGUCGAAUAAGUAUAACAAUUUGUUUUUAAUUUUAACGAACUGUGAUGUAAAAAACAUAUUUAUUUAUAUUUAAAUACAACUACACGACGGCGCACUAACAACACUAUACUAGGGCGCCUGCGCCUCUAAUACUUGCGCUCUUCGAACAGCCCCGGGCCCAAUUAGGCAGGAGCUUUGAAACCCAGCAAAAGGAUACGGGACAGCCCGCGUGUUGAAGAAAAGAAAAAGACGGAAAUUUAUGUGUGUGUGUGUGUGUGUGUGUGUGUGUGUGUGUAAUACUGUGUCGAUCGGAGGUGAUCGAUCCCUCGCUUGUGGAACGGUGUGCAAACGGAAUUGUCUCUUUAUAAAAGGAUCCUGCAAGAAAAAUACGCUGGAAUAUAAAAAUAGAAACCUGAGCAUAAAUAUGGAACUGGUGAUCGAACCAGCAAGAGGAAAGUAGCAUGCUGCAGGGUGUGUCCUAUGUAACAUGUGUAAUGUAAAGCUAAUAUAGUGAAAACGGAAAAAACCGCAACAAGAAACUCGUCCUGUGCAGGCCAAAAGAGGGGGAAAAAACAAACCAGACAAGCACACACACACACACACAUAAAAAAAGCUCCCGCAUACACCUUCCUGAAGAUAUGAAUAAAUAAUCCCCCAAUGUGUAUAGUUGUAACGGUGUAAUACUUCCCGGCAGUGGUCGCGCAGCUUCCUUGCGGCUGCUGGAACGAAACAAAAUCAAGUACCGUAUAAUGGCAGUUUAGAACGAAAUAAACCAACACACUGAACAUACAACUGCAGCUGGAAUCUGUAUUGCUCUGAAGUUGAGAAGAAAGUCGCUGCGCUUACUAACCGACAGCAGCGCAGGUCAGUCGGUCAGAGUCCGCCCGUCCUUGGUUGCAGCGUGUUUAGUGCUCCAACAGUUGAUGUGGAAUUGAAGGAACAAAUUUGGGGCACCUACGAUGAGACAAUAGAGAAAAGUCCCGCUUCCUCCUUAUAUUGACGAACCUAGCUGUGGUGUACCUCAAAUAGGUGGUAUAAUGAUUUCCAUUUUUGUUUCUGUCUGAUGGAUGAAGUUGACUAUGCUUUAUAGGGUUUAAUUUAAAACAGUUGUGCUCUUAUUUGGAAUGGUGCGAAAAAAAAAAAACAACCAAACAGUACAGAACAGAAAGGGGAAGAAAACCGAGACCAAAUAUGUUUUGAAGCAAAAGGAUGAAAAUGUCUAUCAGGAUGUAUAAAAGUUAAAACAUUACACACACACAGGAUCGGAUAGGAAGGAUGCCUAGUAAGAAGAACAAUAUCGAAAUCAACCCAACAAAAGCAUCUUAUUAAGCGAAGCUACCGAAAAACCAUCACUAUUAGAACAAAUCAAAAGCAAAUAAAAUACCUGGCGCGCAGCAGCUGCUAAGACGUGUAAGAGUCUUUUGAGAGGAGGUGAAACUAAAUUAAAAAAAAACUAGAACAAAGAAAACAUUAUCCCAAAUCACUCUUAGAAAACCGAACCUAGUGUAAAAGAGGAGUAAAUAACGAAGCAUAACAUCAUUUCAGAGAAGAAAAUAACAUAACACAUAACUCAGAAGCGAAGAGCGAGACAGGAAAACACAAAACUAAA